CGCCAGAGCUUCCCCCGCUCGGUGCCAGGAGCGCCGGGGGUGCCCAGAAGGGGCGGAGACAGGGCGAUUGCGGGCCCGGAACCGGCAGGGCUGCCCGGCGGAGGAGGAGAGCGCUGGCCAUGGCGGCGCCCGGCGCGCUGCAGCGGAGCGUGGUGUCCCCCGCGGGCCGGCACACCGCCUCCCUCAUCUUCCUGCACGGCUCAGGUGAUAGUGGCCAAGGAGCAAGAGCAUGGAUAAAACAAAUUUUGAAUCAAGAUAUGGCAUUUCAACAUAUAAAAGUAAUUUACCCAACGGCUCCUGCCAGGCCAUAUACACCUAUGAAAGGAGCCUUUUCCAAUGUGUGGUUUGACAGGUAUAAGAUCUGUAAUGACUGUCCUGAACACAUUGAAAGCAUUGAUUCCAUGUGCCAGGGCCUUACAGACCUGAUCAAUGAUGAGGUUAAGAAUGGCAUUGCCAAGAACAGGAUACUCAUAGGAGGCUUUUCGAUGGGAGGUGGAAUGGCAAUGCAUUUGGCAUAUAGAUUUCAUCAGGAUCUGGCAGGAGUCUUUGCCUUGUCUAGUUUUCUCAAUAAAGACUCUGCUGUUUACCAGGCCUUGAAAAGAAAUGAAAGUGCUCUUCCAGAAUUAUUUCAGUGCCAUGGAACUGCUGAUGAACUAGUUCUGUACUCAUGGGGUGAAGAGACCAACAAGAUGUUAAAGUCUCUGGGAGUAUCAGCAUCACUUCAUACUUUUCCAAACCUCAAUCAUGAGCUGAACAGAACUGAAAUAGAAAAAUUAAAAUCCUGGAUUGUAAAGAAAUUGCCUGUUGAAGCACCAAAGGCAAAUGAAUAAACCAAGAUCCAGCCUCA